AUGGCAGCAUCGAAUGAUGUUUUGGACGACAUGCUAGCCGAAGCUGCACUUCUUUCAGAGCCAGACCCUGACUCGGCGCAGCCGAGAACAUCAGGGGAACUCACAGAAAUUGAGCAACCGAGAGCAAAACGGGCCCGUACGUCGGGAAAAACGGGGAAAGCUGGCGCUGCCAGUGUAAUAAAACCCGUUCACGCCAUCAGCAGUGAUGUUGUCACCGAGGCUGAAAAUGGCGCCAAAGUCACUCUAGAGGAGCUCAGUCAUAAAGUUACUCAACUCGCUGAGAUAAUCAACUCCUUUGCUCCAGUAGUGAAAGAACUCAAAGGUGCUUAUGAUACUGCGCAACAACAGGACGGCGCUAGUGUUUCUGAAGGGGAAAUCGAGGAUGACCUUCUGAAUGACGAAGCAACUGACUCGCUCCCUGCCAGCCAAAACGGUGCGCUGGUAGACGACCUUGUCCACGAAGUGACUGAAAGUGAACCUACAGACCACGCAUUACCGGAAAAAAUUUCCACCAUCCUUAACAAUAUUUUAGCUUCGGGACUGAACGAGCAGGCAUUAGCCAAACGGAAAGAAAGUGUGAAAAGACCAGAAAACUGCAACCUCUUACGUGUUACUAAAGUGAACCCCGAGAUUUGGGACAUCGCAAGGAAACCAACGCGUAGCAUGGAUGCCAGGCUGCAAAAAUUGCAAGAGGCCUUAAUAAAAGGCCUCAUUCCAAUAUCCCGAUUUGCUGGGAUAGUUGGUGAAUCUUUGGGUAAACACCCUAAAGUACCUGUGCUACCUCCAGAGGAACUCUGGGAAGGGUUGUCAACCUCUGUCCUCCUUAUUGCAUCAGCCAAUCAUGAUUUGAACAUGUGUCGUAGAGACUUGUUCAAAGCAGACCUUGAUGAAAAUUACAAGGCAAUCUGCAGCAGCAAAGAACCUGUUGCAGCCGAGUUGUUCGGUGAUGAUUUGACUGAACGGCUAAAGACGGUGAAAGAAAGUAAAAAGGCUGCCCAGCAGUUGACAAGCCAGAAGCGGAAACACACAUUUGCUCCUCGCCCAGGCACCUCAAAUACCUCCAAUGCUCAUUUUUUAUUCCAACGACGGGGCGGCCAGUCUCAGGGCCGACCCCGGGGAAAAUUUCAGCACCGGAGACGAACAGACACAUUCAGGACAGGGGGAAAUCUGUGACACAGAAAUAAACCCCACCAAUCAAAGUGUAAGUACUAAUUAUUAUAGUAAGCAAAAUUUGCCCAGUUCUCUACCUCAGACAAAGGGGGGCUGUUCAGUUGCAGGCCGCAUACAACAUUUCGUAGAGAAAUGGAAAGAGCUUACUAGUGAUCCUGUAAUUCUCUCUGCUGUUACUGGGUACCUGAUAGAGUUUAUGGUCAACCCGGUACAGCUUGUAAUACCUAAACCUAUUAAAAUGAGCACACAAGAGACCGAACAGGUUGAUUCGCAAAUACACAAAUUCCUAAAAAAGGGCUUUAUCAUUGAAAGCUCUCAUGAACAGGGGGAAUUCAUAUCUAAUAUCUUUCUUCGACCAAAGAAAGAUGGGUCGUUUCGAAUGAUAUUGAACCUUAGAGAGCUUAACAAAUUUGUGAUGCAUCACCAUUUUAAAAUGGAGUCCAUCCAUACAUGCACCCAACUCAUGCGUCCUGGGUGUUACAUGGCAUCUAUCGACCUGAAGGAUGCUUAUUACUUAGUACCUGUUGCUAAGCAACAUCAAAAAUUCCUCAAGUUUACAUGGAAGGGGAGACUAUAUCAAUUCACCUGUUUGGCCCAAGGAUUGUCAUCAGCCCCACGCCUGUUUACAAAGCUUAUGAAACCUGUUUUCUCCCAUCUUAGGGGGAAGGGGCACAUUUCAAGUGGUUACAUUGAUGAUUCCUUCUUAGUAGGGUAUUCUAAUUCAGAAUGUCAACUGAAUGUCGAUGACACCUUGCAGUGUUUUCAUGAAUUGGGAUUCCUAACCCAUGAUGAUAAAUCUGUGAUCACACCAACACAAAUCAUUCAACACCUAGGGUUUGUGUUGAAUUCAAUUGAGAUGACAAUAUCUAUUUCGGAAGAAAAACACAAUAAACUAUGUGGGGUUAUUAUUUCUGUUCUUAAACAAAACAUGUGUAGUAUAAGAGCAGUGGCACAGAUGAUUGGCAUGAUGGUAGCAUGCUGCCCAGGGGUGGAAUAUGGGACAUUGUUUUAUCGUCAAAUUGAUAGGGAAAAGACAGCUGCACUUAAAGUAAACCAAGGCGACUUUGAUAAGCACAUGACCCUCUCCCCUAAAGCACACCAAGAUAUGUUAUGGUGGGUAGAAAAUGCACGCUUGUUCACAAAGCGGCUGGAUCAUGGGAAAAUUGGCUAUGUGCUUUACACUGAUGCCUCCACCAAAGGAUGGGGGGCUAACAUGGCUAAUGUAACUACAGGGGGUGAAUGGUCUACAGUAGAGAAAGACCACCAUAUAAAUUACCUAGAAUUACGAGCUGUUCUGUUUGGUCUGCAAUCACUUUGUAGGGAAAUAUCAAAUGCCCAUGUCAAAGUCAUGACAGAUAAUACAACUGCUGUUGCCUACAUUAACAAUAUGGGGGGCUCUCGCUCUUUUUUAUGCAAUGACAUGGCCAGAGAAGUAUGGGCAUGGUGCAUGACCAGGAAUAUUUGGCUCACUGCCAGCCAUAUUCCUGGGAAACUUAAUGUUGUUGCCGACAAGGCCUCCAGGGUGUUUGAUGAUUCUACAGAAUGGAAACUGGAUGCUAACAUAUUUCCAAAGCUAACAGCACACUUUGGUACCCCUGAAGUGGACAUGUUUGCUUCCAGACUUAACUACCAAAUGACACCAUUCGUUUCAUGGCAUCCUGACCCUCAAGCAUGGGCUAUUGAUGCCUUUACUUUGGACUGGAAUAAUAUAUUCUUUUAUGCCUUUCCACCUUUCAGCAUUAUACCACAAGUAUUGCAAAAACUGGAUACAGCUCAGACACAAGCAAUCCUAAUUGUGCCAAAUUGGCCAACCCAGCCAUGGUACCCUAUGUUGACAAG